AUGACCGUGAAUUUUUUUUUAUGAAAAAAGUGGCCACCCUGAAUAUUAAUUUUGCAGUAAAAUUAACUGAAAAUAAUUAUUCAAUUAUGGCCCACUGCUUCUUUCCAAAUCAAAUUCGAUCGAUAUUUUUGUUUUCGUUCCCUAUUUGUGUACAACAAUAGUUAUUAUCUAAAGGAAAUGCAAUUUCUCUCAGAACUGUAAUUUCUGGUCCUGUUUGUAGUUUAACAAGGUUAAAGUAUGUAAAUAAACUGCUGGUGUGUGAAAUUAUUUAAACAGGUGCAAAUUGCAUGUUUGCAUGUCGCAAAAGGUUUUGAGUUCAUGUUGUCAUUUCGUCACCUCCAGUUCAAGUUAUUUCUUCGCCUCUUCUUUAGCUUCAAUUUAAGAAUUAAAAAUGCCGGUUGUUUUCAAAAUCAUAAUUUUCUUUCUACCAUCUAUUUUUGCUAAAAGUGACAAAACAAUUUGGUGGAAGUAUCAAAACAUUUAUAGACACGAGACAGUAGAUCGUCAAAUAUUCGAUGUCGCGUCGUAGUGAACUCGAUUAAUUUUGACGUUAAUCAAAUUUUGUUGCUCACUGACAACAAUACUGAUGGUAGUGGUUCUGGGCAACUUGCUAUCGUGAAAAAAAUUCAGCAAAAGUUACCAACAAUCCACUCGAGUUCUUUGCACUUCCAUGAUGAGAAUAUUGAGGAUUUUUUUAAUUUCGGAACGUUGUUAAAUGUACGAGACACGACUUUAAUUAUUAUAAUACAUAAUGGGGAAGAUUACGCAAAAGUCGAGAAAUCAAUGACGCAAAUUGCCCUCUUGUCGUGCGCGAAAAGUCGCCCAAGAUGCUUAAUUGUACACUUUUCGAAAACAGUUGAUGAUAAAGAGACAUUCCUUCGUAAAAUGUGGAUCAGCGAGCAAUUUCUUGAUGUGACGAUAGUUGAAAUUAUCAGAAAGAAAACUAGGAUUCAUCAACUAAAUCCUUUUUUCGGCUACAAGAAUGAAAAGUUCAGUCGAGAGACUGUUUUAUUUCCUGACAAACUACUAAAUAUGAAUCGCUAUCCACUGAAAGUUGGAAUAUUCCAACUACCACCUUUGGCAUACCUGAAAAUGAAUUCCACAGAUCAUCUAAUUGAAACAUUCGGAAAGGAUUCAUACGCAGGGAAAAUAUUCUCCCAACGAAUGAAUUUUCAAUCAAUGAUGUUUGCAACAAAGGAAAACAAUUUUGGCAGAUUUUCCUUCAACAAAAACGAAACAACUGGUUUAAUUUAUAAAAUAUUCCACAGACAAUUGCAAUUUGUAACUGUUACUUCCUUGUCAUUUCACGAUGAUUACGAUCGCGGGAGAAAGAACUUAGAAUUUUACCUCGAAUAUGCAAAAGCUGAAUACGAACAACUUGUUGCUUUAGUACCGAAGUUAACUGAUUCUCAAUCCAGUUCAAUGAGAGCAUCAGUUUUCUACAUAAUUCCAUUUGCAAUCGUUAUCAACAUAAUAAAUCAAAGUCUUCAGCAUUUGUACAAGCUUGAUGCUACCGUUUUCAAUCCAAUGGCGAUUAUUAACAUCCUCCUUGGAAAAUCAUCGGGCAAUGAGCCGCAAAAGUUACAUGAAAGAAUUAUUUUCAUGACCAUGAUUUGGAUGUCUUUCUUCUUCUCGUCGGAAAUUUUCGCAUGGUUCACUGGCGUUAAUCUUGUGAGUGAUAAUCAAUUUAAAAUUAACAGCUUCAAGGAUCUGAAUAAAUCGAAUCUUUACAUUGGUACACAGAUGAAUACAUUCUAUUUGAUUAAUACGACAAAGGAUCAAGACAUCAUUGCGAUGGUUGCUAGGAAAUAUAAACUUUACCAAUCUCCUGAAUUGUGUUUGAAAGAUUUGAUUGAGGAGAAGAAUGUUGCUUGCGUUCUGAAACAAACAAUUGCCGAUUGGUAUUUGUUACAGUACAACAGAAAAGAUCAUGAGGUUCGUCGUAUAGGCAGAAAGUAGAGUAUUUACUUCAAUUGAUACGGGAAUCAGGACUUGCGGAAAGAUGGAAAGUUAAAUUACUCGAUUAUGUGAUGGGGAGGAUGAAAAUAGUGGAUUUGGAAACAAUUGAGAAGAAAGAGAUUGUUCAUGCUAAGAUGUUGUUGAUUUGUA